AUGAAGGCGCUGCCGAAGAGCUCAGGGGGCAGUUCCACGCCGUCCGGGCCAGACAGUCUGGCAACGUGGGAAACCGUAGGCUCGGGGUCUACGACCUCCUUGGAGAGCAGUACACCUGUUUCUUCGGGGAGGGUAGCCCCCGACCUCACCGCAGCGCGCCGGGCCAAGAAUGCGGCGAUCCCGGCCACCAGAGAGAGGUUGAAGAGGGAGAGGGAGGAGAGACGUCGGGCGGCUCAGGAGGCCGCCCCAGCACAAAAGCAGGAAGUCUCGGCACAAGUCGGUAUCGGGGCACAGCCCGCCCCCGUGGUUCUGCCCGUGCCGGGGACACCCGGGAGGAUAGAGACUGUGGAGAGGGCGCGGGACAUUACUGAAGUACGAGCAGCCACAUCCCCCCCUCAGCCAAGGGGACAACCCUGCCCCUCCUGCGGCACCGCGCGCUGCCCAGUACUUCACAGAGAGCAUUGCCCAGUUCGCCACGGUCCUGGCCAAUGA